AUGUCAGUGUGCGUGGAUGUACCUGGAUAUGGGUCACUUCGUGUUGGCGCGCGCACUGCCGGCGAUGUUAUGUCAUUUUUGCGCGCCCGCUGGCCACGCUGUCCCUGGCAUGGCAACAAGCUGCUCUCGUGUGGACCUCGCCAAUUUCACCAUGAUGGGAUUGUCGCAGGCGAUAGUCUGGUUUUGGCAAAGUACUCGGCGAUCAACACUGAGGACGGGUUCCGCAUUGGAGACGUGGCAGAGAGGGGCAUUACAUUGGCCCACUUUGCAUUGGCCCACUUGCAGACAUUGGUCCAGCUCAUUGGGCGCGUGGCGAGCAGUUCGUGCGAGCCAUUUGCACAACGGCAGCGCUUGGAGGUGAAGCGUUUCAACUUCUAUCCUGCGAAUUAUUGGAUCAUCAAGCCAGCCACGGCGGGCUACACUGGAACAGCCUGCAGCUUGGUGGAGGUCAUGGCAGACAAACUUCAGCUGCCUCAGUGGUUUGUGUCGCAUGCUUGGAUCGAACCUCUGUGCGAGUUCUUGGCGUGUUUGGAAGCAUGCUUUGGUGCGGGAGCUACCUGACAGCAUUUCAGAUGCAACUCCAUUCGAGCGAAUCUGGUGCUGCUGCGAGGAGUCCAUUGCUGGGCCCUGGGCCCGAAACUGAAACAGGCUCGAACCUGCUGUGGCCGCAUGUGAUUUCAAUGGCUGCAGCUUGGGUCAAGAUGGCACCUGCAAACAGCAAAUACGGUCAGUCCUGGACGCAGUCAAACCUCUUGACAAAUCCCGUGACUUCUACAUGAGGCACUGUUUCAUCUGGAUUCUUGCCUGAACACCACUUUGCGUUCUGACAGGUUCCUUUUGGG